UCUUUGCAUGCUAAUAAGUAAUUCAUAUGUGGCUUCCACAGGGUGAAGAUGUUUCCUUGCAUUUCAUGUCAUUCAGAAGAUGAAAAGAUAAAAUAAAACAAUAUGCAUGCUGACUUAUGGAAGGUGAAUGUGAAAAAGUUACUAGUGGCCCACAUCUGAGACUUGGAGUUGUGGCCACAUGCUGGCACAGGCUGCAGCAGCAGGCCAGGUUGUUGAAUUGGAGGCGUCAUUGCAGAAGGAAAAGGCAGGUCUUGCUGCAGCACAAGCUGAACUGAGAAGGCUUAUUCAGGUGGAAAGUGAAUGUGCACGCCUUUCAAAACGCAUAAAGUCCUUGGAAGCGGAAAUUGUACAAAAGGAGGAUUCAUGUCAGCAGAUGGAGAACACAUUGCGAGCACAGCUGGCAACACAAGCCAACAAGUUUGCCGACUCUGAGCGAUUCCAUGCAGAGGCAGGUUUAAAGCUUCUGGAAAGAUCCUUGGAGGGCGACAGAGCUGGUACAGAGGAAGGACCUAGGGUGGCGUGGUAUUGGAGUCAAAUGCUGAAGCUGUGGAAGGAUAUCUUCCCGGCUAAGCUUCGGCUGCUGGCUCUUCGGACGGGCUGUCAUGCUACAAUCGCACAGGACUCGUCAGAUGUAGUCAAUCGAACUGACACGUACCGGAACGAGUACUACCCCCUACACAGCCGAAGAGGAGGCAAAGGCCGCUGCCAUCCUGAAAGAGAAAAAAGAGAGGAAGGAGGCCAGAAGAAGGCCCUGAUGGAGGAACAGGCGGCGAAGAUGAAGAAGAUUGAGGAGAUGGCCAGAGAGAAAGAGAGGUUGAAGAAAGAAGAAGAGGAGAAGUUAAAAGCGGUAGAAGAGGAGGAAGAGAUAGAAGAAGAGCUACUGGAGACAAGAAGAAAGGAGCAAAGAGGGGAAUCCAGUGGAACAAGAGAUGAUCAACUGGAGAAGAAGAUCAGAGAGUGGGUUGCAAAUUUAUCCCUGGGAGAAGAAGAAGAAACGUUAAUGUAUGUACCCAGGGAAGAGCAAGAGGCGGCCGUAAAGGCGUGGGAGGCGGAAGAAGAUCCACUCAGGUGUCAGGCCAUGGAGGAUGAAACGAGGAUGGAGUGGAAGCUACGACUCAUGAAGGAGAGAAAAAGGAGAAUGGAAGCGGUGAGCCAGGCGGCAAAGGAGUUGGAGGAAGUAAAAAAGCAGAAAGACCAGAUGGCGGUACAGGUGGACCUCCUGGGUAAGAUGGAAAUCAUGGUGGGGUCAGAAGUGAAGGCCCACCUAGACAGCACAAAGCGCUAUUGUACGGGUGCUAUAGAGGGCACCAAACUAGCCGCUCCCAAGGAGGAGGAAGUAUGCCCGCGUAGGGAGCCCGUCAAAGUCAAGUUCCCCGAUUCCUACAGUGGGAAGAAGGAGGAGAACUUUGAAAAUUGGGAGGCUAAUAUAAAGACCUACGUGCACUUGCAAAAGGUCUCCCCAGAUGAGCAUGUUCUAGUUGCCAUUCACGCGCUAAAGGAGGAGGCCGCCAGUUUUGCACGUUCCCUAGUUCGCGCUGCGAAUUGCAACGAGGAUGUAGUUGCUUACUCCGUGUUUACUCCCCUCACCGAUUUCCUUAAGUUGUUGCGCGGACGAUUCGCAGAUGUUUCGCGUAAUGUCAAAGUCUCCGAUAAGUUGCAGACUAUCCACUCUCGUCAGUGGAGGAGUGCCAAAGCACUCAAAGGAGUAAUGGACGAGUUGGUGGUUGUUCCUGACCAUGGGGUCACAAAGACCCAACUGGUCAACCUUUUCUAUCGGGCUAUGCCCGAAUCGUUACGCGGGCACUUCUUCGAGAAGAGCCAGCAACCUACCAUGACCUAUGAUGCACUCAGCAGGGAAGUGGUAGCUUUUGAAGCGCGGUCCAUGUCAGUUUCCACUUUCCGGCACAAGGACCUUGACAAAGGGAAAAAGUGGAAAGGCCGCACUAUCUCUGGGCAGAUCAAGACUAAGGAUCGUCUGCUCCUUACGUUAGAUGAGGGUAGUGUGGAAGAAGUCCCCUACGAGCAGAUUGAGUGGGGGCUAGAGGAGGAGGACAGUAGUGUUAGUCAGGGGAGGACUUACGCUGCUGUCGCGUCCGGAGUGAGGCCGCAGGGAAGGGGAGGAGGUCAGGGCCAAGGGGGUCGGGCCUCAGGUGGCCGUUCCCAGGGCGAUGAGGGGGUUGGCGAUAAAGGAGGAAACCGCCAAGCGGGAGGAAGGGGUCAAGGUGUAGACAACACCCUGGCACAUUGCUGUCUCAGUGCUCUUGCGUUUGCCCGAUUGGUAAAGAAGGAGAAAUUAGAGGAACAGGUCUUCGUAGUUUACGUCAGGCCUGUCACUGAGCCUAAGGAGGAGAAGCCCAUUGACCCAGCUAUUGCCAAGCUGUUGGAAGAGUUUAAGGAUUUAUCUGAGCCGCCAACAGGAGUAGUACCGCGGCCCAUCCAGCAUCGCAUUGGGAUUGAGCCUGGCAACAGAACUCCCAAAGGAGCGGUGUAUAGAAUGUCUCCACGGGAGUUGGAGGAGCUACGCAAGCAAUUAGACGAGCUCCUAGAGAAGGGUUGGAUUAGGCCCAGUUCGUCUCCCUUUGGAGCMCCUGUUCUAUUUGUCCCCAAGAAGGAGGGAGAGCUCAGAAUGUGUAUAGACUAUAGGGGUCUCAAUGCUAUUACGGUAAAGAAUGCUGAGCCGCUGCCCCGCAUAGAUGAUCGUUUAGACCGGUUGCAGGGUUGCAAGUACUUUUCGAAGAUAGAUUUGAAGUUAAGAUAUCAUCAGAUAGAGGUCCAUCCUGAUGAUCAGUACAAGACUGCAUUCCGGACUAGGCUGGACUGGUGCUCCCUGCUGGAGGCGAUGGAUUUUGGGGUCGAGCAGGUGGAACCCUGUUCUUUUUCGGUUGAGGUUCUGGCUCUCAGGUUCUCCCAGGAGGACGUCACGCUCUACUCAGUGAACGCCAUGGAUCUUCUUCGCUACGAUCCACUCUGUCCCGAGGUUGAGCUCAUCUCACUGGAGCCCGAUCCCCCUGACCCUUCCUCCAUCUUCGCGGCUCCCAUCUCUACAUCCACCCCGCAGCCUGCGGAUACCCCCUCGACAUCCCAGGUUCCUACGCCGUCCACUGCCGAGUCCACCCAUACGUCUCGUGCCGACGSAGAWRUUGAGGAACUCAUGCGGUUCACGGCUGACUUAGAGCCCGUCAUUCGCGACCWGAUUCGGGAGUACYGCGAUGUCUUCCCCCCGUAUUUCUCAUACAGCGGGAUUCCCCCGAUGCGCGGUGUCGAGCAUUCCAUCCAGCUCGUGCCUGACUAUCGUGUUCACCAUCAGGCACUAUACCGACUCUCAAUUCCAGAGGCGACGGAACUCAAGCGUCAGCUUGAGGAGCUCCUUCGACUUGGUUUCAUUAAACCUAGUAACUCCCCUUGGGGUGCACCUAUCCUCUUUGCUCGCAAAGCGGAUGGAACUCUCCGCCUCUGCAUCGAUUAUCGCGGUUUUAACCGUCACACGGUUAAGAACAGUUAUCCCAUGCCCCGCGCGGAUGAGCUGUUUGACCGUCUGGCAGGCAACCGCUUCUUCACGAAGAUCGAUCUUCGUAGCGGUUACCACCAGAUCCGCGUUGCCGCAGAGGACCAGCUGAAGACCGCCUUUCGGUCGCGCUUCGGCCACUACGAGUUCACGGUGAUGUUUUUCUUCCUGCAGUCACCAGGCAAAGAAGUGAAAUUUCAUCUUGAACUGAGGUCUGUAUUUCAACAGCACACUGAGUUUGACACAGGUUAUGUGGCUUGUACGAAGUGCCACGCAGUUUACGCAUACGAAAUGCGUCAUGGUACCAGCUCACUGAACGGCCACAGAUGUCGGCUAGUGGCAGCCGAUGUCGGCUCAAUGCGUCUAUUUGCAACAACGGUCCAACCGACCACGUCGCAAAAGAGACAAGUGGCAAGGGCAGCUGCGAUGAUGUGUUGUGAGGAUCUGAGACCAUUUUCCAUCGUAGAGGACCCAGGGUUCCGUCGGUACUCGCAAGUUAUUCUUGACAUCGGGAUUAGUGUUGGUAGGGGCAUGAAAGUAGAUGAUUUGAUUCCCUCACGCUUCACAGUUAAGCGUCAGGUGAUAGGCAAUGCUGAAUCACUCCGCGAUGUUGUCAAAGCAAAGUUGAAAGAACACUUUGCCGAUAAGAUGCAUGCAGGGUUCACAGUUGACCUGUGGACCGACUCGAUCAAGAGAACGUCUUUCAUGUCCAUCACAAUCCACUAUAUCGACGACGCUUUCAAACUGCACGUACGGACACUUCAAGUGCAGCCGAUGCACGAUGAAUCACAUACCGUUGUCCGUGUCCUGAAAACAUUCAAGGAAUGUCUUCGGGACUUCGGGUGUGAUGAAAACGAAAGGUGUGUAGUGUGUUCAGAUAGUGGAUCGAACAUGUGCGGUGGUGAGGGUAUUCGUAGUAAUUUCAAAUGGUUGCCGUGCAACGAUCACAAGAUUGCGACGGUGUUGACCACUGUGCUCAACAAGACCACAACCUCGACAAACGGUAUCAAGUCGGCACCUUUUUAUAAAUUUGAGGACGCCGCACCAGAGGUAUUUGAGCUCAUUGAUAAUUCCAAGGAACUUGUUCGACACGUCAAGCAGUCUAACCUGCAAAGGGCGUUGAAAAAUACGCUAAAGCAAGAAAACGCGACACGAUGGAAUUCGUUAUUGCGUAUGCUCAAGAGUGUCAACAAAAGUUAUGAGGAAGUUUCGAAUCUCUUGAUGAGCAAAGGUGGCGCAAGGGCUUUUUUGAUUGCACAAAUCAACAAGGAGUUGUUAGAGGAACUAAUACGUUUUCUUGAUCGUUUUGAAGAGGCCACUUUAAAACUUGAGAGUUAUCUUCAGCCUGCUCUUCAUUGCGUGGUCUACGAGAGAAACAAGUUGGUCCAACAUUGCGAGACUUGCACAGAGCCUGUGCGAGACGUAGAUGAAGUGGGAAAGGAAGUGGUCACUCCACCACAUUCAGACAACAUCGCAGCCAUCAAGAGGUUAAUCAAAGAUACGAUAACGGAGAAGUGGCCGUUGGAAGAUUUGCAUGUCGUUGCUGCCUUGCUUGAUCCUCGUCAGAAGGACAGGCUUGAGAUAUUUGAAGUUUCAUUCGUGCAAGUGAAACGAGGGAAGAAUCAAUUGAAGGCAAUCAUGCAAAGUAUUGCCCCGAGUGUUGACAUUGAACCAAACGUGCUCAAGGUCGAGGUUGUUAAGGAGCGUCCAACGAAAAGAAGAAGGGGAAGACCGGGGAUGUGUAGCUCUGAUGAGGAGGAUGCUGAGACACCAAGAAGGGAUGAGACCUUGAAAAUGAGCACACCUGAGAGGAUUCAAAAAGAGCUUGAAUAUUAUUUCGCUCUGAAGUUGACAAAGGAGGAGAAACGGACUUUCGACCUCCUUCUCUGGUGGAAAGCCAAAGGGAUGGCAGUCACAACGGAGGAUCUUCAGAUAUUGCGUCCUCCUUUGCCUAUUAUGGCACGGGCUGCUCGUGCGGUGUUAUGUGUGCCUGCAUCGAGCUCGAAGACUGAGUGCAAUUUCUCUGAUGCAGGGAACACAUUGACGAAGAAAAGGAACUUGCUUAGCGGUUCGAUGGUCAACGACAUAUUGUUUGUUCGAUCAAACAAGGACUUGAGUACAUGAAAGUAGAUGGAAAUUGGAAUUGAACACAGACGAAUGGGUUUCAAUCUAGUUUCCUUGUCAAGUUUUGUGACUCUUUGACACGGUGUUGCUUGUGUUAAUAACUAAUUUUAUACUUAUUUCCUUUCAAAAGCUGAAUGUUGAUGAAUAGUUCUCGAUCGAUCGCAUUUUAAAGAUUGAUUGGUUUAAUUUUGUCAUGUCACGUUGAUGGGUGGUGGGAUGCCGGGGAAAGUUGGGUUCUCCCGGGGAGAAUCUUGCUGGUUAGCUUCUUCUUCCUUAUUUACUAAUGCCCGAUUCCUACUAUUAUGUUUGACAAUUGAAACAUGAUGCCCACGUAUGGGUGUGCGGUAAUACCUAUCUAUUUCCUGAUAAAAUGAGUCUUUGGUU